CAUAUUACCAAAAGAUUAUGCUUUCAAAAAAGAUAAAUUAGUCUUAUUAUGGAUGGCAGAAGGUUUCUUGCCACAACCCAAAAACAAAACAAUGGAAGAAGUUGGUAAUGAUUACUUCCUUACUCUUGUAUCAAGAUCAUUAUUCCAACAAUCCAAUGGCGAGGAAUAUAUAAUGCAUGAUCUUGUCAGGGAUUUGGCAAAAUUUAUAUCUAAACAAUUCGCUUUAAGCCAUGAAGAUGAUUUUUCUCGUGGACUUUUAGGCAAGACUCGCCAUUUCUCGUAUUCUUGGGAAAAUAUUCAUGCUGAGAAGUUUGAGGCCCUUCAUAGGGCUAAGAAGCUACGCACUUUCGUAGAAUUACAUUUCCUUAGGGACGAUUUGUCGCUUGUGUUCGGAACUCAAUUUUUAUCACCAAUGACAAGCCUACGACUACGGGUGCUGAUUCUAUCUAACUAUGUAGACAUAACUGAGUUACCAGAUUCAAUUGGGAAACUUAUACAUCUACGUUAUUUGGACGUUUCUUUCACUGCAAUUAAAAGGUUGCCUCAUUUUAUAUGUAAGUUGUGCAAUUUGCAAAUAUUGAAUUUAUCACACUGUCCGUAUCUUGCUGCCUUGCCAAGAGAUAUGUAUAAACUCAUUAAUUUGCAAAUAUUGAAUUUAUCACAUUGUCCGAAAGUUACUGCUUGGCCAAGAGACAUGCAUAAACUCAUUAAUUUGCGUCAUCUUGACUUUGCUGGAACUAACAUAAUGGGCAUGCCGAUAAAUCUCGGUGAACUAAAAUGUCUUCAGACAUUGACUAGCUUUAUGGUGAGCAAGAAUAAAGGAUCUUGCAUUGAAGAGCUUGGAAAACUUACAAAUCUUCGGGGAUCACUUCCUAUUUUAGAGCUCCAAAAUGUUGAAUCUCCCAUGAAUGCUAACGAUGGAUGCUUGAGAGAUGUGAAGUACCUUGAGAAGUUGGCAUUCGAGUGGAAAGUUGGUUUUGGUGCUUCAGAAAGUCAUAAAAUUGUACUUGACAGUCUCCGGCCCCAUACAAACUUGAAAAGCCUCAUUAUCUAUGGUUAUGGUGGUAAAAGUUUUUCGAACUGGGUAGGGCAUGCUUCAUUCUCUAAUAUAGCAUCUCUUCGUCUCGAUUAUUGUAACCACUGUUGCAGCUUGCCAAUGCUCGGGCAAUUGCCCUCUCUGCAGGACCUCUCUAUUGUUGGGUUGAGCGAAGUUGUUACAGUGGGCCGUGAAUUUUAUGGCAUUGGAUCUUCUUCAAUUAAGCCAUUCGGAGCCUUGAAAGUUCUAAGCAUCAAGUAUAUGGAGAAAUUGAAGGAAUGGUUUUGUUUUGAAAAUGAUGGUGGAGCUUUUCCUAAUCUUAGAGAGCUUGAAAUUUAUGAAUGCCCUAUGCUAACAAGAGGGUUGCCCAUCCAUCUUCCUUCUUUAGCCAAACUUAGGAUCCAAGAUUGUCCCCAGUUGGUAGCUUUUGCUCUAUGUGAAUUAGAUCUUCCAAUCCACUUGGAAUAUUUGAUGUUGGACGGUUGUCAUUCUUUCAAGUCCAUCCCAUUAGAUUUAUUCCCAAAGCUUCGACAUCUCGAAAUCAGGUUUUGCGAGAAUCUAGAAGCUAUUAGAGUUCAAGAACACCAUGAACAAGAUUUACUCCUCUCGCUCAUAAACAUAGACAUUCACGGGUGCCCUAAUUUUGCAUAUUUUCCAAAAGAAGGAUUGCGUUCCCCCAAUCUCAAGGAGUUUCGGAUAGAGAAUUGUAGAGGUAUUCGGUCACUACCUGACAAGAUGCACAUUCUUCUCCCCUCUCUUGCGAAAUUGUGUAUACAAGAUUGUCCAGAAGUUGAGUCGUUUCCUGAAGGGGGCUUGCCUUCCAAUCUAGAAGAAAUCACAAUCUCGGAUUGUGAGAAACUCUUUGCGAGACGGAUGGAGUGGGAUUUGCAAAACUUCCCGUCUGUUCGAAUAUUCAAAAUCGUUGGCAAAUCUGAAGAUGUGGAGUCCUUUCCGGAUGAGGGGUUGCUGCCUACCAGUCUUACCUAUCUUCACAUCAAUGGCUUUCAACAUUUGAGAUCUUUGGACAGUAAAGGGCUUCAAUACCUCAAUGCUCUUGAAGAAUUGGAGAUCGAGAGUUGCCCUAAGCUCGAGUGCAUGCCAGAAGACAGGUUGCCGGCCUCCCUUUCUACUCUAAAUAUCUGUAACUGUCCUUUGUUGGAAAAGGAGUGGGAAAGGAAAGAAGGAGAAGAAUGGCGCAAGAUUGCUCAUGUCCCGUGCAAAUCAAUUAAUUUCCAGUUGAUUUAAUGAGUUAAGAGUCUCCACUUUCUGUUAUAAUAUCAGCUUUUACUGUCAGGUAAUCUAGAAUGAAAAACAAACUCCACUUGUGUGCUCAUGAUUUGAUUGCUGAUGGUCAACGGCUCCUACUCACUUCUUCUCAAUGGGUGCUCCCUCUUCAUCUUUGUCGGACUGGGUUAAAUGGGUAACCGAUGCUUGUUGACACAAUGCUCAAUUCAAUUAACAUUCUACAAGCUCAAUUUUGAUUCUGCCAUUUUGAGUUCUACAAUGGCCUAUACUUAAAUCUUUUCCAUUCAGAGCCUAUGAAUGGCCUGCGGAAGCGCAAAGCUGAUGCUACUUUUCAACAUUGCACGCUCCUCUAAAAGCUCUGAAGUACUAUAGAUGUCCCAUGGUGUUUUUUUGCUUUGGUGGCAGGCUCUUCCCUGCAUGUGUUGCAGCUGGUGGUUCAGAGGUUUAUAUGCACAACUUAGUUACCGAUGAUAGUUUGGUCAAUCAAUUGGCAAAAUCAUCUGAUACAAGUUUGUCAAGCUCUACUGUUUACUUUGCUAUUGGGUAUACUGCCCACAAUUGCAACAAGAACCAGAUGGGUUUGAGGAAUGUGUUGACAGAGCAUUUAUGAUGGUGUCCAAUGUACUUUAAUUGUUGGAGAUUAUGAAGGGACAGUUGCACAAAGGAAUAUCUGCAAAUAAAGUUCAUGUUUUUUACUAGUAGCUAAUAUAUGGGCGCUCUGAGCAUCAGGAAUUGGGGCAUCACUAGCUUAUUCAUCUACAAGAUCUCCUCUGAAACCAAGCCUUAGGCUUAAUCAUGCAAGUGCUCUCUGGCGCAGCCGCCUACCACUACUACAGGAAGAGUAAUGCGGAGCAAGGAGAGAGUCCUUCUUCAAAGUGGCCAGAGAGAGAUCUUAGACAUAUUUUCCCAGGCCUCCUUUGGCACUCAACCCAUUGCAAAGCCCUUUAUUCUUGGAACUCCUCCUGGGCUGAAAUAUAAAAAGGAGAUAAUCUUGGCGUAUCCUCCAGAAUAACAUUCUAUUGUGCUUCAAAUUGGUGUCUUUUUUUAGGUGGCAAGCUCUUCCCUGCAUGUGUUUCAGCUAGUGGUUCAGAGGUUCUCAUACAUUUUGUCUCACCCGUAGUGGAAAAGCAUGCUUUUUUCAUUCCAUCACCAUGAAGCCUUGGCCGACUUUUCUUUAUAUAUAAGAUUUAUUGUCAUUUGAUGGAUUUAGAUAAUAUUUUCUCUUUUGUAUUUAAUUCUCUUUCAUGUGAGAUUUUGGUGUAUUAAGACUUUUGGGUUUGAGUGGUUUUCUCUGUACUAUAUUUUGUACUUCAUCAUUUUGAUAGUGAAUUUUUUUCAGGUUGUCUCCGUCAGUGGAUGUAGGCUUGUUAAGCCGAACCACUUAAAUCUUAGUGUCUUGUG